AGGCUGAGCGCGCCCCUGCUCUGCUCGCGGGCUAGCUGGGGACUGGCAGGAACCGGAGCAGCACUGCCGCCUCUGGCGCGUAGGCUCAGGCGCCUCCUCCCGCCCCAGUCACUGUGGCUCUGCGCAGGCUGCCGGCGGCUGUCCUUUCCGCCUCUGGGGGAAGAAAACGCUGUUGAGCUUGAACCAUGGCCUCGGGUCGCAGGGGUUGGGACAGCUCCCACGAAGACGACUUGCCGGUGUACCUGGCCAGGCCGGGCACCACCGACCAGGUCCCGCGGCAGAAGUACGGGGGCAUGUUCUGCAACGUGGAGGGCGCCUACGAGAGCAAGACUCUGGAUUUCGAUGCUCUGAGCGUGGGGCAGCGCGGCGCCAAGACUCCCCGGAGCAACCAGGGCAACAGCCGCGGUUCUGGGGGCCGACCCGCGGUGGAGGGUGACACCCCGCGCAGGGGCCAAGGCCGGGAGGAGAGCCGGGAACCGGCGCCCGCGUUGCCCGUACCCGCCGGGGUGGAGAUCCGGAGCGCCACCGGCAAGGAGGUUUUGCAAAACCUCGGCCCCAAAGACAAGAGUGACCGUCUUCUUAUCAAGGGUGGCAGAAUUGUCAAUGAUGAUCAAUCAUUUUAUGCUGAUAUCUACAUGGAAGAUGGCUUAAUAAAGCAAAUUGGAGACAAUCUGAUUGUUCCUGGAGGAGUGAAGACCAUCGAGGCCAAUGGGAAGAUGGUGAUCCCUGGAGGCAUCGAUGUCCAUACUCACUUCCAGAUGCCGUACAAGGGAAUGACCACAGUGGAUGACUUCUUCCAGGGGACCAAGGCUGCCUUGGCAGGGGGCACCACCAUGAUCAUUGACCAUGUGGUGCCUGAGCCUGAGUCAGGCCUGACGGAGGCCUAUGAGAAGUGGCGAGAGUGGGCCGACGGGAAGAGUUGCUGUGACUAUGCCUUGCACGUGGACAUCACCCACUGGAAUGACAGUGUCAAGCAGGAAGUGCAGAGCCUCAUCAAGGACAAAGGUAUCAAUUCCUUCAUGGUGUACAUGGCCUAUAAGGAUCUGUAUCAAGUCUCCAACACAGAGCUCUACGAGAUAUUCACCUGUCUGGGAGAGCUGGGAGCCGUUGCUCAAGUUCAUGCUGAGAAUGGGGAUAUCAUUGCCCAGGAGCAAAGCCGGAUGUUGGAAAUGGGCAUAACUGGCCCGGAAGGCCAUGUGCUGAGCAGACCAGAGGAGCUGGAAGCUGAGGCUGUAUUCCGUGCCAUCACCAUCGCCAGCCAGACCAACUGUCCUCUCUAUGUUACGAAGGUCAUGAGCAAGAGCGCCGCUGACCUCAUCUCACAAGCCAGGAAAAAAGGAAAUGUGGUCUUCGGUGAGCCCAUCACUGCCAGCCUGGGCACAGAUGGAACCCAUUACUGGAGCAAGAACUGGGCCAAGGCGGCAGCCUUUGUGACAUCCCCACCUCUGAGCCCUGACCCGACCACUCCUGACUACAUGAAUUCCUUGCUGGCCAGUGGGGAUCUGCAGCUCUCGGGGAGUGCCCACUGCACCUUCAGCACUGCCCAAAAGGCAAUCGGGAAGGACAACUUCACAGCCAUUCCCGAAGGCACCAAUGGAGUGGAGGAGCGCAUGUCAGUCAUCUGGGACAAGGCCGUGGCUACAGGGAAAAUGGAUGAAAACCAGUUUGUGGCUGUGACUAGCACCAACGCUGCCAAGAUCUUCAACCUGUAUCCCCGCAAGGGAAGAAUCUCUGUGGGUUCUGAUAGUGAUCUGGUCAUCUGGGAUCCAGACGCUGUGAAGAUUGUCUCUGCCAAGAACCACCAGUCGGCUGCAGAGUAUAACAUCUUUGAAGGAAUGGAGCUGCGUGGGGCUCCUCUGGUGGUCAUCUGCCAGGGCAAGAUCAUGCUGGAAGAUGGCAACCUGCACGUGACUCAGGGGGCCGGCCGCUUCAUCCCCUGCAGCCCCUUUUCUGACUAUGUCUACAAGCGCAUUAAAGCCAGGAGGAAGAUGGCCGACCUGCACGCUGUCCCGAGGGGCAUGUAUGAUGGGCCAGUGUUUGACCUAACCACCACCCCCAAAGGGGGUACACCAGCAGGCUCCACCCGGGGCUCUCCCACCAGACCCAACCCACCUGUGAGGAACCUCCAUCAAUCGGGAUUUAGCCUGUCAGGCACCCAAGUGGAUGAGGGAGUUCGCUCUGCAAGCAAGCGCAUCGUGGCGCCCCCUGGAGGCCGCUCUAAUAUCACAUCCCUGAGUUAAGCAGCUCCUCCCCAAAAGAGAAGGGCUGAAGCAAGAAGAGAUUGUUUUGAAGCCAAAAUGGUACACCGAUAUUUAAGAAGGAAAGCGAAUCCAAACAGUUGCGAUUGAAAGAAUCAUUAAGCCUCAAGCCUUAUGUUUCUCCAAUGUUACGCUCGCUUACCUAGCUUUACGAAUAUUGCUUUGUUUUCUGUUUAUGCAUAGCCCUGAUUUGCCCCACCCCCACCCCCAUCUCCAUGCAUGCAAUCAGGCCACUAAGGUUAAAGAGUCUGCUAUAUAGUGUUGAGAGCGUGUGUAGUGCUGCAUCUUAUGACAAGGGGAUCGACAAAGCUGGGAUGUCAGGAAAACGAGCAAAAGGGACGAAAUUACUUUUGGGGUGAGUGGGUGGUGGGAGCCCAGAGCAAGGCAGAGGCUCUGCUCACAGGGCUAGGGGUCGGGUGUGUGGUGGGGGUAGGUGGGCGGGUGGGUGAGCAGAGGGGGUCUUGUGUCUUGUGCUGGUGAAGUGUGUUUAUUUCCAUGGACAAUGCCCGCAGGUCUGCCAAGAAGACAGGUGGUCUUGGAGCUCCAAGUCUUGUCACAUCCCCUCCUACGAGACUAUGCCUUUCCAGUGUUUUAUUAAAACACCACAAUCCAAACCGUGACGUCCACCGUGAUGUUUGGUCAUGCCUGUGUUUGGUCUGGGGCUGCUUUCUCAGUGUUGCUUUCAAAUCCUUCCCUUCCCUAGGUGGGGAAGGUAGAGGGGAGAAAGGAAAUGACUCUCUUCUCUUGUCCUGCUCACCUCUUUGGUGCUGUUAAAAGGCAACAGCUGGGAGCACACAAGCCCUAGGGAGAGGUUAGCCAUGUGUUAAUACAGCCUGUAGUCGCACUAGUCAGCUGCUCAUGGGUGGGUGGUCAUAGAUACAUCCGAGGCAGAGUUAGGAGCUUCUGAUAUCCCCACUUAGGAUGGGAACUGAGAACAACUGAAUACAGGGCUCCUCUGGCUAGUAGUGAGUGUUAAUUCAUUCUCCUGAGCUCUUGAAAUCCAGGCGCAUCCAUGAUUGAAUUGCAUUGUUUUGCUUUUUGUUUCUGACAACA